GAUAAAAUGGCGGAUGUAGAAAGGAUUCAUGCUUCAUGCCACGUAUAGGGCGACUCAUAUAGCUUUCCAUUGGUUGAUCGUGGUCACGUGACGGGUUAAAAAGUUUCACGGCUUCUUCAAGCUACCGGCAGAGCGUAAAUUUCAAUUCCUUAUUAUUCCACGAUAGCGCAACUGUACUAAGCCGGUUCAACUUCCGGUUAGAUUUUUAUUUACGUUGUAAACAAUACUUAAACAAUAACAAUAAUAAUAGUUAUGAAUAAUGAACAAUCUUUUUUUCGACACAAAGAAGCAAUAGAAGCAGAAUUGAAAAAUGAUUUAAGCAAAAUAAGAGUUUCUAAUCAUUAUUUAAAUGACAUUGACAUUAAGAUGAAAUUGGACAAAUUAUUGAAAUGGCUACGUGAAACACCAAAAAUUACUACAAUUAGAGUAAAUACUUUACUCAGUAAUCCUGAUGCAGUAAUAAGUCAUUUAAAAAACAAAAUUGAAUGUUUGCCAAAAAUAUCAACUUAUCCUAGUUUGCCAGAAUUAAUUGUUGUUGCCAAUCGAGAAGACCUUGCUAAAGAUAAGUUAUCGAAUACAUCUGAACAAUUGCAUCAAAUCAUUGUGGAUGAGUCAUGUGGAGCAGCUGUUCUCAGAGGAUCUCAUAUAUUUGCUCCAGGAGUUAUGGGUCUCACUUCUGGAGCAAAAGUUGGAGAUAAAGUCGAAGUAUUCGCAGAUGUUUAUGGCCGAUGUAAAAAAGGUUUUGCAAAAAAAUAUGAGAAUAAUGAAAAAGUUUUUCUCGGUUAUGGGAUUCUACAAAAAAGUCGUAAUGAAAUAUUUUUUGAAGAUAAUAAAUGUAAGGGAAUUGCUGUUUUAAUGAACGAAACAACAUCAGGACUUCCUCAAUUAGGCAACGAAUCUUUAUUAGAAGGAUCUGGACUUCUUCAAAAUUUACCUUCAAUAAUUUGUUCCCGAAUACUCGAUCCUCAACCUGGAGAAAUAGUUCUUGAUAUGUGUGCUGCUCCAGGAAACAAAACGACUCAUCUUUCUGCUUUGAUGAAAAAUGAGGGAAUCAUUAUAGCAAUGGAUAAAAUUAAAUCGAAAAUUACCAAACUUCAAAACAACUGUGACACUUUUGGCUGUAAAAAUAUAAAAAUAUUUUGUUAUGAUGCUACUAAAGCUGCUGAUUUAGAAAAAAAUUCUUCUACAAAUUUAAUGGAUGGACCUCCGUUUCAAAAAGAAACUUUUAAAAGGAUUCUAUUAGAUGGACCCUGCAGUGUUUUAGGAAAACGACCUCAGCUUUUUAAUAAAAUAAGUUUAAAUGAACUUCGAUCUUUUACUUCGCUACAAAGGAAACUUUUUGCUGCUGCAAUCGAACUUUUGGAACCUGGAGGAUUUCUUGUUUACUCAACAUGUACAAUAACAAUAUCGGAGAAUGAAGGAAUUGUGGCUUGGGCGUUAAAGAAAUAUCCAGGUCUUCAAUUAAUUUCUGCAAGAAAAAAAUUGAAUUCUCUCGGUCUUGAUUGUUUUCCAAUAUCGCAAGGGUACUGCAUCGAUGAUUUACCAGAAGAAAAAGCAAGCUGUUUACUCCGAUUUGGCCUCGAAAGUGAUACAGUGGGAUUUUUCAUUAGUUUAUUCACUAAAAAACACCCUUAAAGGUAAAUAAAAAAAAUUUUUUAUAUAUUUUUUUAAUUUUCAUAUUUUAUUUCAUAAAAAAAAAGAUUGUCUACACGUAGCUCACUUAUGAGUCAAUAUAGUUCAUAAUAGUACAUAAAUAAACUAAUUAUUCUGAGGGUAAAAAAUUAUGCGUUUACAUAGAAA